ACUCUGAAUACACACCCUCGACUGGGUCAAUUACUUUGUGCAGUGGAUCAGGAGUAGGAUUUUUGAAAUUGAGAAGCAAAAUGAUCGAGUGGCAUCGCGACGUAAGGCAAACAUGGGUAAAAUUACUUCUUGCGUUAUUAUGCAUAAACGGCGCCCGUUUCGUGACUGGCGACAACAUCACCAGAUCAUCGCGAAAUGCAAGGACGGAUAUGUUCCCGAAUUCAAAAUAUGUGACCUUUAAUAGCCUUGGCGAUAAAAUUGGGAUUGACCUUGAUUUAUCAAUUCCAUUUUUAUCCAUACCGUUGGACCCUGGGUAUGGAACAACACAACCGUUGAUCAACAUAAAUGCAAAAGCAUUGGCAAUUGCUGGGAUAUUCACGACUGUAUCAACAAUACUUGUUCCUCUGUUAGUUAAGCCUCACACAAUGCGUAACUACAGGUCCGAUAAUUUGCAGCAGGAUUGGGGAAAUUAUGGCGAAACCAUAAACGAAGUAUUUCUGGGCAACUCUUACCUUGCACCAUGUACAAAAAGAUUUAUCUGUUCCGUUGUUUCCAAAGCAUGCCGCAACCAAGGGCAGACGAGCGUCGACAAAAUCAUAGACGGAAUAUCCAGUCACGAAUGGUUCAAUCAAUUGGUGGAAGGUACUGCAAUUCAAGAGGCAGUUAUUGCAGGAAGACGAUCGAAAAACAACUGCAAUGUAGUAUAUUCAGGAUGUUUCUUGUCUACGAAAUUCUUCGGAAGUUUCCCGGAUCCAACCUUCCCUUAAUGAAACUGCUUCGUGACUGGUCAAGGUUGCACACAUGCUGUAUUAUGGUACUAACAUGGUCAUGAUGUUCCUCUGCGAUAAAAAAAAUACCUGAUAUAGGUCCUCGAACCAGUUACUUUCUGGCACAUUUCUAUCAAAAGGGAACCAAUUCAAAGAGACAAAAGAACAGUUACCUCGGCCGAAAUGGAGGGAACAAUGAUUCGACGUAUUUUGAAGAAGGAGAUGCAACACUAAUUAUGUUGUAAUCAUAGUUUGAAUCAACGGUGACAUGAAAGAUGAACAGCCCAGCGUAAUUUUCUUAAUCGAAAUCAUCUAGCUGCAGAUCGUUAGAAAAUUUGGUAUUUGUUUUGAAAAUUAAUGUAUUUUUACAUCGUACAUGGUAAUUGCUAUAUCCCGUAUAAUGAACUUUAAGGU